AUCGUUUCCCCAUAGAUCAGGUCAGAAGAAGCCACUGAUCAAAAAUCAUGAUCUCGUUUUUUUAAUGAGGAGCUUUAUAAUAGUCUUACUGCUGAUUGACAGAGUUUCUACCACAGUUGUGGACUUGAGUCACAUGACUUGGACUCAAGUCAGACUCGAGUGACAUACUGAUGACUUUGGACUCGAUUUGACAAAAUCAAAAAAGACCUGCAAUUAGUCUUGGACUUUAGCAGCAGUGACUCAGGACUUCACUUGAAACUGAGCCUUUUUUUUUUUAAGAUAUCUUUUGGGCCAUUUUGCCUUUAAUGGACAGGACAGGUAAGCGUGAAAGGGGGAGAGAGAGGGGGGAUGACAUGCAGCAAGGGGCCACAGGCUGGAUUCAAACCCGGGCCGCUGCAGCAACAGCCUUGUAAACAGGGCGCCUGCUCUACCACUAAGCCACCGAUGCCCCGAAACUGAGCCUUUUUAACUUGAAAAUACUUCAUACCUUCCCCAAACCCACAGGAUAAAAGUAGGCCUAAUGUAGGCAUGUAUAUGAUAUAUUUUACAAUAUGGACAUUUACAUUUAGAUUAUAGAACAAGGCAGGACAGAAACAUACAAAAUUCAAGCUGUUGUGGUACUGUUUAAUGAUGCUAUAUGCCAUGACAGUGCCACGUCAGCACUACCUUUUUUAUGAUUAGUCGCAGUUGUUUUAAGAAACUUUAUACACAUAUACAUUUUAAAAAGCAUUCAUAAUAUUUGUAAAUUUAAUAUAUUAUUACUUGGUUGUUAAAAUGGCUUUAAAUUUGGUGACGAGUGCAUUAUGACUUGUUUAGGGCUCGAAACUCACAGUUUAGGACCAGGGGUUGGACUUGGGAUUGGUCAGCCUUGACUCGGGACUUGAAUGCAAAGACUUUCGACUUGUGAUUUGCAGAGCUACGACUUGGACCAACCUAUGGUUUCUGCCCUGACAAGAAUAAAAUUAUGAUAAAUAUGAAGUAUGGCUUAUAAGUUUGAAUUUAAAUACAGUUUGAUAUAAUGAUAAUGAUUUUUAAAAGCUUCAUAUAUAUAAACAUAAUGUACUGUGACCACAACCAGCCCUAACCCUAAUGGGAAAUGAAGUUUGAAACAAGUUAUCCUGUCAACACAGGGUGAUGACAGUUUUUUUUUUUUUUUUUUUAAAUACUUCAUUUUGAACUUUUAACAUACAGUGUGAGUGGAAACAAAAUGUGAACAAAAUCACAUCCAAGUACUGAGAAACCAAUAUUAAAAACAGUACCAAACAACAAAAGACAACAGAACAAAUCUAACAUAAAUUAAAGUACAUAUAAAGACAUGAGAGACUAAUGACAAAAGAUUCACUUAAAGAUUUUAAGAUAGUGCAUACAUUUAUUGUUUUGACAGCUUUUUUGUGUCAUGAGAAAUAAAUCACUGACAAGUAUUGUUCUAUUUCCUUCACAAAUACAAAGACUUGAAGUUUUUUGUUUGUAAAUUUACAUUUGUGAAUAUGAAAUUUGGCAAGAAGUAAAAAAACAUUGAUGAAACGUAGUAAAAUCUUUGUCACAGUAAUCACAACACCCACAUCUAAUAUUUCUAUAGUAAAUGGAGAAUGAUGUCAUAUUUAGUACUAUCUUUCCACAACACACAUGUGAAAAUAGACCAAAAUAAAUGGGAGCAAUUUCAGGAUUUUGUCCAUAAAAAUGUGUGUCUAUGUCAACUUUAACUUUUCAAAGAAAUGUUUCACUGGGUGGAAUCUAUGUCCUGUCACUACAGGUAACAGACUAUCACACGGGUCAGAAAUGACGACGUAACACCACCCAAACCUGGCAACCAUUCUACGGCACUGCUGGCAACCAGUGCUGGCAACCCACGGAGCUUCCUCAGCCAAUCAGAAGUCAGCUGGAGUUGACGCGUGCUUAGCUGCUGCUCAGCACACCGCCAGCUAAACCAGGCGAGAUUCCGCAGUGACCAUCAAGUGAACUUAACCGCCUAAAAAGUUUGUAUUUUCCAUGAAAGAUAUUCCAGUAUUUGUCGACAUUGCAGGUGAGGUCCAUGUGAGAGAUGGGAAGAGAGAAGGACGUUAAAGGAGAAGUGAAGGCCAAGCACAAAGCAAUGAAGCUGAAAAGGCUAAGUGAUAAUGAAAGCGCUGGUGCCUGGGGAGACACGAUCAAGAACAAUGCCAAGUUAACUAAAUCCACAGAGAAAACCGAUAAUGGAAAAUCUCAUAAGAAGGUCAAGACACCUAAGACUGAUACUCUGGAGUCACCCAGCAGUCCCAGGGAGUCAGUCAAACAGGAGCCAGAGGAUGAUGACUUUACUGCCAAGAAGAAAGGGAUGAAACGGAAAAGAGUUAAGGAUGAGCCCAUGGAAGGCCCUUCACACUCCACUGCUACACCUACCUCAAAGAAGAAAAAUAAGCGACACAAGCAGGAAGAAGAAAGUGACGUAGAAAUUCAGAAUAAGAAGUCAAAGAAGAGAACUGAAAAGGCGGUAAAGAGAGAGGAAGGAGAGCAUCCAGUCUCUAAAAAACCAAAGAGGACAAAGGAGGAGAUUGACGAGGCAAGACAGCUGAAGAUCAAAAAGAAGGAGGAGGAGGAGCAGAAUCGCUGGAGAUGGUGGGAGGAAGAGAAGUAUGAAGAUGGGGUGAAAUGGAAGUUCCUUGAACACAAUGGACCCUACUUCCCUCCAGAGUACCAGCCUCUGCCAGACGACGUUCACUUCUACUAUGCUGGUAAGGAGGUGAAGCUGAGCCUGGCAGCCGAGGAGGUGGCGUUUUUCUUUGGCCAGAUGUUGGACCACGAGUACACCACCAAGAAGGUGUUCCGGGAGAACUUCUUUAAAGACUGGAGGAAGGAAAUGACCCAUGAGGAGAGGUCACUGAUUAAAGAUCUUGACAAGUGUGACUUUGGAGAGAUCCACGCCAUGCACAAAGCAAAGGUGGAGGCCAGGAAAAACAUGACCAAGGAGGAGAAACUGGUUUUGAAAGAGGCCAACCAGAAGAUAGUGGACGAGUACGGCUACUGUCUGCUGGACCACCACAAAGAACGCAUCGGCAACUUCAAGAUUGAACCUCCAGGGCUGUUCCGGGGGAGAGGCGAGCAUCCCAAACAGGGCAUGCUGAAGAAAAGGAUCCAACCAGAGGACGUCAUCAUCAACUGCAGCAAAGAAGCCCGUAUCCCCGUGCCGCCUACUGGUCACCGCUGGAAGGAGGUUCGACACGACAACACUGUGACAUGGCUGGCCAGCUGGACUGAGAACAUCCAGGGCAGCAUUAAAUACAUCAUGCUCAAUGCCAACUCAAAACUCAAGGGAGAGAAGGACUGGGAGAAAUACGAGGUUGCUCGGAAACUGAAGUCAUGCGUGGACGACAUCCGCAACCAGUACAUGCAGGAUCUGAAAUCUAAACAGAUGGGCACGCGACAAAGAGCUGUGGCCCUCUACUUCAUAGACAAGCUGGCACUGAGAGCUGGUAAUGAGAAGGAGGAGGGAGAGACUGCCGACACAGUUGGUUGCUGUUCACUACGCGUGGAGCAUAUCACACUCCACGAGCAGCUGGAAGGCAACGAGUGUGUGGUGGAAUUCGACUUCCUGGGUAAAGACUCCAUUCGCUACUACAACAAGGUCCCUGUCAUCAGAAAGGUUUUUAAGAAUCUUAAAUUGUUCCUGGAAAACAAACAACCUGGAGAUGACCUCUUUGACCGCCUUAAUACAGCAAUGCUGAACAAGCACCUGAGUUCUCUAAUGACUGGUCUGACUGCGAAGGUCUUCAGGACGUAUAACGCUUCCAUCACUUUACAGCAGCAGCUCAAAGAGCUCACAAACAAGUCCGACAAUGCAGCUGAGAAACUGCUCUCCUACAACCGUGCUAACAGAGCAGUUGCCAUUCUGUGUAACCACCAGCGGGCGCCGCCAAAGACCUUCGAUCAGUCCAUGGCUAACCUUCAGGCCAAGAUUGAUGCUCAGAAGGAAAAGCUGGCCCUAGCAAAGACGGAGCUGAAACAGGCAAAGAAGGAGGCCAAGACCAAAGGCAGCUCAGACCCCAAGCUGCAGACGCUGGUGGAGCGUAAGAAGACAGCAGUGAAGCGCUGUGAGGAGCAGCUGCUGAAGUUGGAGGUCCAGGCGACUGACAGAGAAGAAAACAAACAGAUUGCACUGGGUACCUCAAAGCUCAACUACCUGGACCCACGCAUUAGUGUGGCUUGGUGUAAAAACGUGGAGGUACCUGUAGAAAAAAUCUACAAUAAGAGCCAAAGGGACAAGUUCGCCUGGGCCAUCGACAUGACAGAGGCAGACUUUGAGUUCUAACUUUAAACUUCUGAAACUCCAGUCUUGUUAGCCGAUGCAAUUAAGGAACCAUUCACUUUGUAAUACAUACAGAACUUUAAUAUUUCAUUCAUAAUACGUUCAUGGACUACUGAUGGUGUACUUCAUAAAACUGUGUGACGUGUUUUGUUUACUGCUGUUUGUUUCUGCUUUUGGCACUUAAUUUUGUUUUGUUUGUAAAUUUUGUGUUUGCACUAAUUUGAAUAAAGGUUCCUACCAUGCAGUGAUGUGACACACUUUUGAGUGGAAUACAAUAAAUGUGAUUUAAAAAACAUCUUAUCAGCCAUUAUAGAAUGUUAACUUCUAAGUCUGUCAUUCCAAUACAUUAUGAACAAUAUAGACCAGAAAACAUGCAACACAUUCUAG